AUGCAAGUGCCGGUUCUCGGCUGCACUUUCCUCACGCUGUCAGAUCGUGAGGAAAGUACUGCCGGGAACCGGCAGUUGUCACAGCGGGGAUCGGCACCGAUCAUCAGGGCACUGAUGAUCAGUGCCCUGAUGAUCGGUGCCCAGCAGUGCCACCCGCAAGUUCCGCCCACCUGUGCCCAGCAAUCACCCACCUGUGCCCAGCAGUGCACCCACCUGUGCCCAGCAGUGCACCCACCUGUGCCACUCUGCAAUGUCACACACCUGUGCCCAGAAGUGCCACCUACCUGUGCCCAGCAGUGCCACCCACCUGUGCCCAUCCACCUGUGCCCACCAGUG